AUGGCCCAGGGCGACAAAAUUGCGCUGCUCGCGAAUCGUCUGACGUUAAGAGCCUGGGCUGAGUUCGGGCUUGUGCUCGGCAUGUUCUACUUAGCCGACCGCACCGGGGGCAUAUCAGACUCCGGAAAGUCCUACGACCGCGACUUGUUCCUCACGCUCUUCCUCACGUUCGCCGCAUACGGUUGGCGCACAAGUCUAGGCAAGACAGAAACGUAUGUACCCUUGAACCGCAAGCAAACCGAGGAGUGGAAGGGUUGGAUGCAAGUUUUAUUUCUCCUCUACCACUACUUCAAAGCGUCGGAGGUGUACAACGCGAUUCGCAUCUUCAUCGCCGCGUACGUAUGGAUGACUGGAUACGGGAACUUCUCGUAUUACUAUGUUCGUAAGGAUUUCGGCGUUCCUCGGUUCUUGCAAAUGAUGUGGAGACUAAAUUUUUUCGUCUUUUUCACGUGUGUGGUGUUGCGUAACGACUACAUGUUGUACUAUAUCUGCCCCAUGCAUUCGCUUUUCGCGUGUUUUGUGUACUUCACGUUGUUGGUGUACAAGAAACAUAACGAGAAAAACAAAGUAAUCGCGACCAAGUUUUUGGUGUGUGUUCUUAUGUGUUAUGUUUUGUGGGAGGUCCCUGGGGUUUUCAAGCUGGUAUUCUCGCCAUUCCGGUGGUUGCUGAAAUACACGGAUCCCGCGAAACCGGAUAUGGACCCUAUGCACGAGUGGUUCUUUAGGUCCGGGCUGGACCGUUACGUUUGGAUUCACGGGAUGUUGUGUGCGUUUUGCCACCCGCGGUACGAUGCGUUUCUUCAGUGGAUUGACAAAAAGGCGAAACUGACCCGCGUUGCGAUUCAGACAACGAUUGUGACAUUUACGUUACUCGUCGUGUACUGGUACCAUGAGAAAGUUUACGUUCUACCGAAACUAGAGUAUAACAAGUUCCAUCCGUACACUUCCUGGAUUCCCAUCACGUGUUUCAUCAUUUUGAGGAACUUGACACAGACUCUGCGGAACACUUACGUCGAGUUAUUCUGUGUGUGCGGGAAGAUCACCCUAGAGACGUACGUUUCUCAAUUCCACAUCUGGCUCAGUACGUCGAGCGUGCCCAACGGACAGCCGGCAAGGCUACUGGAUUUGAUUCCCGGGUACCCUUUGCUGAACUUCGUGGUCGUCACCUUAGCACUUGCGGGCAUCUCGCAACGAGUUUUCUAUCUGACGAACGAGUUGAAGAACGUUUGCUUACCAAGUGAGUCCCAUAAAAUUGUUGCACACGUGGCGUUGGGCGUGAUAAUCGCUUUAGUCGCGAUUUCCAGUGGGUUCCUCGUCGUUUGCGUGUUUACGGCGGACCACGCUGCACGCACUUAG